ACGGUGUUGUUGACACCGCAGCCGACAGGAAACUUUGCAGCUGGAGCCAUCUCGGAAACUGCUUCAAUGCAUUUUAAAAUCUCAUAAUCGACUAUAAUACAACUGUUAGUUGAUUUAAUUUCCUGAUUGAUAUUUUAAACUAUAUAACAGACUCUUUGCCAAUCAUAUUACUUACUAGUUUAACUCGACCUCAAGUAUAAACUUGCCAACCUCUUAUCAGAUGUGUUUGGCAGGAUUAACUCGCGCAUGCGCGUCGUUAUAAAAAGUUUCUUCCAAACAAAAAUCUUUUCUAGCAAGUUUUAGUUGUAAGAGGUGGUCUUCUUGGGGGGAAAAUCAAUUCAAGUUGCGCAACGGAUCAGUUACUUGGAACUCAGUCAACGGCUCAGCAACUCCCAUCCAAAAUCUUCCACAAUUUUCCGCCAGAGGUUGUGCAGCAGCUCGGGACACUGGUGUGGCGGGAGUUCUACACACAGCUCGGACCACUGCUCCUCUCAGUCUGCGAACACACAGCCUUGAAGAAAUGGAAAAAUUCCGACAGUUUAUGGCGUUGCUCUUGGCCGCCCUGUUGCUGGGGACUCUCUCAAUUGCCACUGUUUUGAUUUGGGUGCUUCAUUGGAGAAGGGGACUGGCGUGGGACUCGGGACUGCUUGAAUUUAACUGGCACCCAGUGCUCAGCACUAUAGGAUUCAUCGUUAUCAACGGAUUCGCAUUAAUCAUUUAUAGGCUGCCCUGGACCUGGAACCUGAGUAAACCGCUAAUGAAGAACAUUCAUGCUGGCCUGAAUAUUGCAACCUUUAUUCUUAUGAUCAUUUCACUUGUGGCGGUUUUUGACUUUCAUAACUCCAAGAAGAUUCCUAACAUGUACAGUUUACACAGCUGGAUUGGACUGGCUGCAGUUAUUAUGUAUGCUUUGCAGAUAGGGUUAGGAUUGUGUAUUUUUUUGCUGCCAUUCACUCCCAUGUACAUCAAGGCAUUUUACAUGUCAAUCCAUGUGUUUGCUGGUUUGUUCAUCUUUGGAAUGGCGAUUGUUGCUGCUGAAACAGGAAUAACUGAAAAACUUAUUUUCACUCUGCGCUCCGGAAGUAAUGUCACACUCCCGUAUUCUCAGUCACCUCCUGAGGCUAUAUUUGUCAAUGCUCUUGGAAUUCUCAUUUUAGUCUUCGGAGGAUACAUCUUCUGGAUUGCCACACGAUCAGAAUGGAAACGCCCUCCAGAACAGGUAAAAGACAACACAAGCAUUGAGGAAGGAUCUACUUUAAAUAAAACAAAUAUUUCUGCUGAAAUCAGUAUGGACAGUGUUUUAGAAAGCACACCAAGAUCAAGACAAAUCAACCUUGAAGAUGUGGGCCAGAGAGCAACAUUCUAAGAAACUAAUUGUAAUUUCUUCUAUUGCUGUUCUGAGUUUUAUAAUAAUUUUAAGUGUUAAACAUUCGUUAUUGUUUAAGUGAGCAAACAUAACGACAAUGUUAUUGUUAACAGCCUGCUUGGGAUUGUUUUCCUGGAACAUGAGGGAAAAUACUGACUCAAAAGCAUUUUUUUUUGUUAAGCAGCAAUUCAGUAUAAUCAGUAUUAAAAAUCUUUGUACUUUUUUGCCAUUUCCUUCAUUGAUCAUAUUGACAAUUUUCCCUGCAUGUACUUAUGUAGUUUUGAUGGACCAAAAUGCUGCGAAACCAAAUUAUGCUCUAUGUAAACUUUUGCUUGUGUCCAUGUAUAUGUAUGAAAUGUGCUGUGAAAUAGAAACUUUACUUUGUAUGAUGAAAAUCAAAUGAGUUAAGGCAUCACUUUAGAGAAGAAUAUACCAUUUAGCUAUUUCUGGCUUCAGUAUUAUGGUUCACUCUAUACAUUGACUCUGUAUUUGCUUAUUUAUAAAUAAAAAUUAUUGCAUGUCCCUUGGU